GACUCAUCGCGGACGCGGAAGUGUAAACCGCGAUGUUUUGAAAGCAGAGAAAGUUUGGAUUUUUAAUAACAGUCAAAUGGAUUGUUCUCGCUAUUGGGCUGAUUUUAAACGGUUGUUUCAAUAAGAUUAACUUAGUAAGAAGUUGGCAUAGUAAACGAGCUAGAUAGAAGGCUAGUGGUGUGAAAAAUCCGGAGCCGUAGUUUCCGAAACUUUUCUCCUGGAAGAGACCAUGCGGAUGCGUUUUCAGGGACCGGACGCGUUUUCAGGGGAUGAAGAUGAUGAUAAUGAUAAUAACGAUGCUAUACAUCGAUCCGCAUUGAAUACGAGUUCACAUGAAAGCAGGUUGAAUCGAGUUCAAUCUCGGUUUCAGCGUUUCAGGUCUCCGAUGCAGAGGUACUGGAAAAGCCAGUGGCCAGCCCGUAUCUGCUCCAUGCUCUGCUGUCUGCUCGUUGUUUCAUUUAUUGCUAUACUCUGUUCCUUCCUGUAUGUCAUUUUAAAAGAUCUUCGGGCAGAGAGGGUUACCACUGAAGAUGGGACAGAAGUAAGGCUUCUAGGCUUUUGGAGUAUGCUGGUUCUCUCCUCCUUGGCUGGAGUGUUGUGUUGCAGCUUCUCCUGGACUCUAACCUACUUUGACUCAUUUGAGCCUGGGAUGUAUCCCCCCACACCACUUUCUCCAGCCAAAUUCAGGCAAAUGACUGGCCACUCCUUUCAUAUGGGCUACAGCAUGGCUAUACUCAAUGGCAUUGUGGCUGGACUCACUUUCUUCUGGUGUCUUAUUUGAGACCUUCCCACUCAAGCCAUCGCCUAGAACACUGUCCUCACUUCAUCACCAUGAUCGCCAGGCAUAUAUGGGUAAUAGAAAAAGAUGUACAGUGCAAAUUAUAGCCAUGGUUAUUUUUUGUUACUUUUUUUAUUAUUGUUUUAACUUUCUUCUUUGUAAUUGACUUAAAGUGUUAAAAGAUUCAUUCUCUCUAUUUUUUUUAUAAAGCACAUUGUAUCUGCAGCAGACUUCAGUUCUAAACAGCAACUGAGAAAUUACACUUUUUUUUGUAUUGUGUACGCUCCUGUUAUUUAUUGGAAUUUGGCUUUGAAUAGUAAAAUAACUUUAAUUCUAAUAGGAUCGCUGCAUACACAAUGGUCAAAGCGUACAAAACCUGCUUAUUUACCACACAUUCGGAAUAACUGGAAAGUCGCUCUGGAGAGGUUAUAAAACACAUUCCAUACUCUAACGCUUUUAUGUAAAUGAGUCAGGAAAAAUAGGUUUGUUCUUGGGUCAUCGUUAGUGCAAAUGAUGCUUUCUCAUUUAAUUGUUUUUUUGUUGUUGUUUGUUUGUUUUUUUGAAAAAGAACGGCACAGCAGUAAUGUUUUAUUCAUCACAUCUGUAAUCUAUUAGUGUCGACUUUUAUUUAUUAUUAUUUUUAAAUCAAUAAAUGGUCCAGGAUAUCUUUUAACUGUCAGUGAAUUAAUAGCAAAAUUUAUAUUAUAUAUUAUUUAUUUAUUAAUAGCAAAUAGCAAAACAAUAUGACUACAAAUAAUCGAUCAAUGAAUAUUCAAUUUUUUAUUCUCAAUUCAUGCUCAGUUCCUCCUACUUUUGCAUGGUUGAAAUAAUCACAUAUUUACCUUAGCUUCAUUUAAAAUAGAAAACAUUUUUCAGGUUAUCUCUUUGUUAAACUUUUUCCUGGUUUGUGACAGUAAACAUCAACACAAAUCAGCUUCACCUAGUCACACUGCAACGCAAGCCGAGAACAAUUCCCAGAACGUGUGUAUAAUCUCUGCAUUAAUAACAAUACAUUGUAGACAUGCUGAGGAUGUAUUCGGAGUAAACAAUGACAUCUAAUAUGGUGUGUAGUAUGUACAGUGUAUCAGAUUAAAUUGUUAUAGUUUAUACUAACUAAUAAUUCCAGAGAGUCCUUUUGUACUCUUCAUUCAUGUAAUGAAAUAAAUAGUUAAUAACACUGCUGUGGAGAGAGAUGGCAAUUUAACAUGUUUUUGAAAUGAUUCAAUUUCAGAGAGAGUUUUCUGUCUGAAACGAAAUUAGCUAAUGCACUGCUUCUGUUGACACAGACUCUUAGUAACAUUUAUUUUUUCGAAACAUUAAUGUCUCAUUUUGUUUAGUUUGUUUUUCGGUUUGAAUUUUUGCAUCUUCCCAGAAAAGACAUCAUGAACCUCUUCUGAUGAAUAGGAAUGAUCAAAACCGCAGGCUUCUGAACUGUUGUCUCGUAAUCUAAGGAAUUUUCAUGUGGGAUUUUAUUCGGUGUGAUCUGAUUCCAAACACCUCGAGCUCCUCUCUCCCACGCUGUGAGGCUGAACACCCGAAAGGUAUCCAAGUCA